AUGGAGCGAUUGGUGUCUGGGUGUCGGCCCAGGCGAGCUGCUGGCACACCCGGGAGUUUGUUAGCAGUCCCAGUGCUCCUUGCCGCUUGGGCAGUUUGCACACGAACCUUUGCUGCCACCGGGGCGCUGCUCAAAGAUUUACAAGCGGUGUACUGCAUUCGGCGGCGGCGGCGUGCAGAGCUUGACAAGGCCCUAGGCCGUCUGAGCCUUCCUGAUCACGUUCCCAUCCGCCAGUGGGAGGCCGUGGACGGCUUCAACUUGCAGGAUGACAUCCUAGAAAUCGUGGACUCUGGAGUAGUGGAGCCUGCAGCCUUGCCACGUAUCCUCGUAAAGGAAGAUUGGCGCAAGAUGUGGCGCGAGACCAGAAGAUGGCGCCAUGUGCGUAGGAGCAGAGAGGCCCCAGGAAAGAAGCAUGGAGGCUGGCUCAGGCAGCUGGACCUAACGCGAGGCAGCUUGGGACAGGGACUUUCGCAACUGCAGGUUUGGGCAGACAUCGAGCGAGAGGCCAAAAGCCCCGACGCCGUCUAUUUGGUCGUUGAGGAGACCUGCAUGUUCCUUCCCAACUUGGAUGCGCGACUGCUCGAAGAGCGGUUGCAAAGCCUGCCGGAUGAUUGGGAGAUCGCAUGUCUGGCCGGGACGGAUCUCCUGGGCAACAACCCCGACACGGAUCUCGAGCAAGUGCAAGCGCACAACGUCGCACCUGGCUUAAAGCGCCUUCACCCGUGGUUUCGAAUCGGUCCAGCGUACUUCAUCACGGCGGCCGGUGCCAGAAAAGCGUUGAGGACAUGCACGCCAUUGCGGUGGCGCUUGGACUGCCAACUUGUGGGACGUUUUGCCUCGACGCAUUUCGGAGAGGAUGCCUUCCUUGACAUCAUGCAAGACAAACAACCAAGCGGUUGCUCAGAAACGGGCUGGUAA